AUGCUCCACGACGACGAGGACCCGUCGACGCUCUGCGAUGUCUUUGCGCAGAUGCUCCAAGUGAACGAAGACAUGAUCGCAGCGAUCGCCGAGCACCAGAACUGGAGCGACCCGAACGCGUACCGGUCGCUCGAGACCGCCCACGCGUACCAGCGCAUCUUGCACAAGAACCUGAUUGAAAUGGCCAACUUUGUCGACUCGCUCUGCGGCGUCUUUGUCGACGUGGACCACGGCACGGCCACGGGCCGCCCGUCACCGCUGCCGAACGACGUCGUCCUGCUCAAGAAGCGCAAGCCGUCGCCGCCAAGCAGCGAGACGACGCCAUUGUCCGAGCCCAGCGCGCUCUUGGCGACGAUCCAGGCCACCGAGCACUUUCGAGCGCGGCGCCGCACCGAGAAGGAGUUUGUCUCGUCCCAACUGCGCAUCCGCGAACAGGAAGCUGCCAAACCACCGCUCGUACCAGACGUGGUGGCGCUUCCGAAGGCGCCGUCCAUGCUGCGGCCGUCACCGCUACCGUUGCCAGCGUCGAUGCCAAUGAUGCCGGUCUCCAAGAACCGCAUCGUGGCCGCCAAGGAAGAAUGCCUCGACUGCCAUCGCCUCGGCAAGUCGGUGACCGAUUGCCGCGCCGUGUACAAGCACACGGCGCUGUCGUGGAAGACCGUGCCGGUGCUACCGCCGGCCAUGUACCCGCCAUUUGGAGGAAUGAUGUCCAUGUACCCGCCGCCACCGCUAUACCCGCCGGUGUUUCUAGCCGAGCACGCAUAUCUACCACUGCGCGCACCGAUGCUCGCACCGCCAGCUAUCGUUGUCCCUGCCAAGGCGGCACCCCGCCCUCUCAAACGGAUGUGCGAAAAGUGCAGAGCCGAGCACCAAAGCGUCUACCAGUGCCGGACGACGCUGGGCCACACGGCGCCCGAGUGGAAGCGAGCCAACAAGCCGGCGCCGCCAGAGACGGGCGCUCGGUCGUACUCGCGCUGGAAUGAAAAGGAAAUGCAAGCGUUCCAAGACCUCGUCGAAGUGCACGGCUACACGGAUCCGGCGCACAUGGCCCCGUUUAUUCCGACCAAGGACGUCAAGCAGAUCAAAAGUUAUUUACAGCGCUACAAUAAGCAGCGAAGUGCCGACGACCGGCGCUGUGCGCUCCGCGACAGCUGA